AUGAACUUGGACAUCCUCGAGUUGCUACCGGUCUACUUCUUGCCUCAGCGCUUCCAAGCCAUCUGUUCGCUAGAGGUAGGGCCGAGUAAUUCCUUCACGGAGGUUGAGAGGGACAGCUUAGAGUAUAAGCAAUGGGAACGAGUCUGGACCUUAAUUGCUUCUAUGCAAGGGUUACGGCACAUUCGGGUGUGGCUUACUGGUCAUCAAUUUGACGAAGUGGUUCUAACGCCCGCUGCGGAGCGUUUGUUGUUGGAGCCACUGCUCGUAGUACAGGGAGUUCCGGAUUUCCAGGUCGAUCUCGUCUCGGAAGCAUCAGGCGCGGAGAUGUUCCAGGAUACACCGUUUCAAGUGAAUCGCUUUCUACCGGAUAGCGAAGACCGAGUGUCAUUGAAGGAGUGGGUGUCCGGGGAUCAGCGCUCUCCAGAGGAGUAA